GUGUCACUACCACAAAACUAAUGUAUUAAGUAUUAGUGUAAACAGUAAAUAGUGAAUAAAAUAUAAAUAUGGAAAUUACUCUUAUAAUAUAUUCACUAGUUGAUUUUUAAAAAUUGGUUUAAAUUAUUGCGUGAAACAGCUUAACUAUUUUUUAUAUAUUUUAAUAGUAAAAAAAGUUACCUUUACAGCUCAUAUUGUUUUUAAACAUUUGACUAAAACAGAUCUUUGAAAUAAUAAUAUAUCUUUCAAUAUGCUAUCGUCUCUAAUAAAAGAACACCAAGCUAAACAAUCUGCGAAAAGGACAACACAAGAACUAAAAAGAAAGGAAUGUAUAUCUGCUGCCAAUGAUUUAACACAGGCCCUUGUAGAUCACCUAAAUGUUGGAGUGGCACAAGCAUAUCUCAAUCAAAAGAAACUUGAUGCAGAGGCAAAGUUGUUACAUCAAGGGGCUAUAAAUUUUUCAAAACAAACUCAGCAGUGGGUAGCUCUUGUAGAACAUUUCAGCAGUGCUUUAAAAGAAAUUGGUGAUGUUGAAAACUGGGCAAGAAGCAUAGAAAAUGAUAUGAAGAUUAUUACUAACACCCUUGAGAGGGCUUAUGAGACAACAAGAGAUCAACCUGGUAGUAGUUAAGAAAUCACCUGUAUUGAAUGUUUUAAAUAUGUUUUUUAUAUUAUAAAAUAUAUAAAAAAUCAUACCUAUGCAUGUAAGACAUAUUUUAACAAGGUGUAUUUAUAAAA